ACAAGUGCACAGGUCAGCAUGAAGAAUUUCAUCACCAAUCUGUUGGAAUAAUAGCUUUUUUAGGCGGAAAUGUAUACGUUUUAUCAUAAAUGAUUAUUGUAUUUACUACAAGAAAUUCCACUUUAGCUUUAAGCUUAAUUCGGGUUUCCGCAAAGCGCUUGAUAUGGCCGAGGAUCCCCCACACAUGAAAAUCCGAGAUGAGGAUUCUUUGCGAUUUGUGCACUGUCUGUCAAACCGAGACCCAGGGGUAAGGAACAGGGCGUUCGAUUCCAUACUCCGAGUGUUUGAUGCUUUAAUAGGAGGUUAUGGUAGUCCUCCUGACAUGAAAGGGAUGACCACCAUACAUGGGGCUGUUGAUACAAAAGGGAUGAUUGACGAAUACUUGGUGGAUAUACUCCGGCUGUCCGUCCAGUGUCCAUUCGAAGACGUGUUGGACAGAUGUAAAGAGUUGCUGAAAGACAUGCAGGAGAGGUCAUAUAAAAUUCCACGAGUGCUGAACGGUGGAAUAAGUACAUUUGUACCAGAGAGAGAGAUAAUACCAGCAAGUUCAAAAGACACAGAGACACAAGCCCUGUUUGUGGAUGCUUUCCUGCAAAAUAAUCGGCUAGACCAUGUUGUUCAGCUUAUGGGGUAUCAUCCACAAUACUUAGAAUGUUUUCUGAGGACUCAGCAGUAUCUGAUGAAAGGGGAUGGGGCUUUACCAUUCCAUUACCGCCAUUACAUUGCCAUUAUGGCCGCCAGUCGACAUAUGUGCACCUAUCUGGUUCACCUCCAUGAACAGGAGUUCAUCCUUCAAGGUGGAGAUCCGGAAUGGUUGAAGGGAACAAGUCACGUCCCCAAAAAACUGAGGGAUCUAAAUGAACUCAAUAAAUUGCUGGCUCACCGGCCUUGGCUGAUUUGCAAGUCUCACAUAGAGAAACUUGCACGAUCAACAAAUUCCAAGGAUAAUUGGUCCAUCAGCGAACUGGUUCAGGCUCUGAUUCUCAUGGCACAUUUCCAUUCACUCUGUUCUUUUGUUUAUGGGUGUGGGAUAAAGUCCGAAAUAGACCACAAUGGAGGAUACACCUUCCGACCUCAGUCCCCGGUAGAGAAAAAUGCUAAUGACUUAGAUUCUUCCGACUGUUCUUCCACAAAUGGUGAUAUUAAUUCUGAACCAGAAGUAGGCAUAGAAGUUCUGAUGGAACGAAUGAAAAAGUUAGUGGAGGAGGGUGAAGAAGAAACAACGCAAGAGGAAAGGGUGAAAAGAUUUGAGAAGGUGGAGAGUCAAAGUGUUGAAAUUGCUGCCAACACAGUCCGACCAUCACCAAAGGCAGAGGUCUUGAAAUAUGUUGAUGAUGCUGAAUACUGUUACCAGGAUUUUGCUAAACGUGACUCUGUUGAAGACAUACCCACCUUUAGAGCAACAGAUUACAGUUGGGAGGAUCAUGGGUUCUCAUUAUCGAAUCGGCUAUACAUGGAUAUCGGUAAUCAUUUGGAGGACAAAUUCUCCGUAGCCACCAACAUGACCUACUACACAAUGGGGGAGAUACGAGAUGUGGACACCACUGCAUUCCGUAGAGCUAUUUGGAGCUACAUUCACUGUUUGUAUGGCAUCAUGCAUGAUGAUUAUAACUAUGGUCAAGUUAAUCAGCUGCUAGAAAGAAAUCUGAAGGCAUACAUCAAAACAAUGACGUGCUAUCCAGAAAGAUUGACUCGCAAAGAUUACGACAAUGUCAUGAGGGAGUUCAAACACUCAGAAAAGGUGCAUGUGAAUCUGAUGUUGCUGGAGGCCCGGUUUCAGGCAGAACUUCUGUAUGCAUUACGUGGUGUGAUGCAGUUUAUGACGUGAUUUUAAUGAAGAUAUACAUAUAAUACAAGACUUGGAAUUGUUGGUCUGAAUCUGCAUGAAUAGUUGGAGAUGCGUGGAAGGGCAUUCCUUCAUUCAAGUAACCAGAUUGGAUGAAGAUUUGCAACUAGCCUUCAUUGAUUGGUCAAGAACUCGCUGAAAGUCUUUUCUGAUUGGACAGGGAUUGACAGUGGUGCAAGCACUUCUGAUGUGUUUUGUUGGUGGUCGUCUUGACGACUGGACGCAUCAGUGGUACAGUUUAAUGUGUCUGUGAUAAUGUCUAUCAUUUUAACAAAACAAACUCAUUAUGGUGAAAUAUAUGGACAUCAUUCAAGCUACUAAAUAUCUGUGACAUGGUAGUUGUGGGGUGUAUGAAAUUAUGAAUACAUUGUAAAUGUGUUUUUAUGUUGUGUUAGAAAGUAGUCUGUUGUUUUAAAAGCAGUAGAUGAGAUCUACUUGUGAUUAGGAGGGAGAGAAAAAGUGAGGCAAGAAACAGUUUGCACAGUUUUUGUGUCCAGUGAAUAAGAGAGGCAAGGAAGCAGAUGCACAGAUUGUGUCUGUAGUGAAAGGGUUCAUUAUGUAUUCAUAUUAACAUGUUGGAUGUGCAAUUUAUUGACAGAAAGAUGCUGUAAGCGUCGAUCCAAGAAGGAGAUUAUAGAAUGGUAAAGUAGUACUCUUGUCAUGACUUGCAUAUAUGGUUGCACAAAUGGGGGGUUUCUGAUGGGGUCUCACCCAAUGUGUAGCCAACAGAUGGUGAGCCAUUUCGGGCAAGAACUCCAAAUGUCUUUCAAUAGGUGCUGCAGACCUAAGUUACAUUGUAAACUGCUUAAAGCUAUACUCAUUUUAUUAUAUAUAUACCAUACUUUGAUUACUUUCAUAGUCUCCACAAUGUCAUAUUUUCUGUAGAAAUUACUGUUUCUCAACACACCUAUGAAAAACCAAAGUCUCAUAAACUUGUUGACAGCAUUACUAGUAACUGUUGGUUACUGAUAUGGUGCAAAUUUGUUUGUUUCCGAACAUUACAUUCCACAAUAUUGUGAGAAUUAUCAUGCCUCUUACAAAUUGUUUAUCCUAGUCAAGAAACACUUGUGUACAUGUUUGAUGUAUCACAUUCUCUUUGGUUUGACAUGAUUAUGUCGCUGAUAUGCAGUAUUUAUGAAACAUACCAUAGCUAUAUUGGGGAACAAUGUAAAAAAAAUUCUAUUCUUAAUUUGAAGCAGUCUUUUUAUUUGGCAAGACUUGAGGGAAUGAAAAAAAGAGAGAUAAAAUAAGUAUACAAAUGAACAGUUAUGCCAUCUUAACACCUACCAUCACUAAUAAUCAGGCUUUUAUGAUCUUCAAUCUGGAGAUAUGUCCUUGUAAAACAGCCAGUUCAUAAUGCAGACAUGUUUAUCUGUGAAUGGUGUCAAUAUUAAUAAUAAGGUGGACUGUUAAAUGCGCAUAUAGCUAUAAAUAAGUAUACUUUUUUUCCAUUUUUAUUUGAAAAUCAAAAUAUUGUUUCUCUAAAAACUGGAGGUAAGUCAAAAUUACUUAAAGAAAACUUGUAGUGCUACAAUCAAAAAUCAAAAUUCCCAUUGUAUUCAUAUUUAUAAUUUGAAGUGCUGUUCCAAAACAUUUUGAGUUUCUAGACUUCAAAUGCGUUGAUCUUGUUAUCACAUCUGCUGAUAAGUGAUACAGAUAUAGGGCAAACUUGUUGUGGUAUGUAGACAUGUAUAGGUCUUGUUACACAUACCAGUAUGUAGUCUGUUAUAUAUAUAAUACUUGGCUUGCCUUGUAACUUGUUGGUAUUAUUUAUACAAAUAUAGAUAGUGUUUAAAACCUUCUCCAACUUACUAAAACCUGAUUGGGUGUCCUGUAACCCAGAUCAGGUAGGGUUGUUUUAAUUUAAUGUUGUUCCAAUAUUUAGCUAGUAAUCAAUUAGGAAGUGUUCUUCGUAGGCAAGUCAUAGCGAAAGUUUCGUUAACAUGGUCAAAUACUUCCAGUAUAUUUGAUCAGACUAACCAGACUUUCUGUUAUGCAGCCUUCUCAUUGUAUACUGCUUCCAUCAUUUGCCAUUUCUAAUUCCCGUUUCCUUGUUGCUCUACAAGUUUAUGAUGUUAUUGAUAUUUCAAAAUAUUGAUAUAGUUGCGAGAUCUUAUCAAUACAUUAUGUCGGUCCAACACAAGUUUGGCUACACUAAAACAUGUUCAUCCUGAAAUUGAACAACAUUACAUGAAUAGACCUGUUUUUCAAACCUGGAUGUUUUUUCAUUCCAGAAAUAUUUUAUGUUGACAGAAAUCGGUAGUUUUAAGAAGUCUGUGAUUCUGACAUCAAGAUCAAUUUUGACAUUUGUUGUAAUUGUUUAAAUCGCUACUCAUAAACAACUGACUUAGAUGUGAUAAUGCGUAGAUCUGUAGCUUGAAGUAAAACCAACGGUAGUAGGUUUUGGAUUGUGUCAUACUGAUUCUGAUGAAUACAUUUGUUAGCCCAUGUACGAACACAAAUAAUGAUCGUAAAGUUAAUACAUGCUGAUAUGCAUUGUAAAAUAAUUAUGCUUAAUGCUGUAAGCUUCACCUUGCAGUGUCAAAUUUGUAUGUUUCUUUUUCAAGAAUAAUACACAAAACUGCUUGUGUGUUAGUGGUAUAAUUAGAUCAUGCUAAUUAAGAUAAAUGAACAUGAUGGGUAUUGUGUUUGUGGUAACCAACUAGCCUGUCACGUCAAAAAGAUCAUGAAAAGAUGUGUACGAUAUCAGAAUGAAUAUGACACAGUUUCAAGUGUCUUACUCACUGUGGUUUUAUUAUUCAGCAUGUGAUUAAGAUUAGUAUCGUGCUUAGAACAAAAUAUGUACAAUAUCAUGCUUUUCUCUAGUACAUGUGAUUUUCUUUUUGUUUUGAAGUAAGAAAAAAUUUACCAUGCAUAUUGUAAAUAAUGCAAUAAUAUACAUUAUUAGAUCAUAACAAAUUGAUUAUUACAAACCUAGCAUCGAACAAAAUAAUUUAUUUAUAUAAACCAGAAAAUGGCAAUUCAGAAAUGGCUGAAAUGGUUAACAUGCAGUUUUUAUCACAAAUUGAAUAUUUUGAAUAUAAAUUUUGUGCAAUUAUGAAAUAUGACACAUCUAUUUUGGUGAAUGUAUUUAUGUAUUGUGAUGGGGCAUUACUGCAACUUAUUGAAAUUAUUGAACUUAUCCAGUUACUAGUAUAGGGUUGUACCAACGACUAGAUAUACAUUGACUCUUAAGUCUUUGUAUUGUAAUUUCCGUCUAAAACUUUCGAUCAAUUGGAAAAGCUGGUUACUCUGUAAAUGACAGCAGGGAAAUAUCAAAAAAGGCUGUUGAAUACAUUACUUUACAUUGUAUCUCUUAGAGUCUGCAGUGUAUAAAAGUGAUGUAUAAUGUACAUAAAGAAAUCCUGCAAUAUAACAGUGUUUUAACACUAUGACAAGGAAGUGCUUCAUCUAACAACUUUUAACGAGCAGUCUUUCUCUUUUUGAAAAAGAAUGUGCUCAUGCUCUCUCUUAUAUUGAUCUGUUUGAUUCAGUUUUGAUACAAAUAUGGAAGAUUACCAAAGUUGUAAUGGUGAAGAAAAGAACAAGUUGUUUAUGACCAGGAUGUUUGCAAUAACAAAAGUGUUGGUUUUUGUCACUGAUCAAAACAAUCCAGGUUGUUUCUAAGAGUUGUAAGGAUGCUGUAGACACGUUUGUAGGCUUCCAUAAAAACAAAGUGUCCCUAGCAUGGCUGUGAUUGGAUGUUUGUAAGGGAGAUUUUGUUCAGUGAUACAAAGGAGGUAACACUGUUAUUCAUUCCAUACCUGAUCUCUACACACAAAUACUGGUGCCAGUAUUUAUAAAUCUGUUUAGACUGUCCUUGUCUAAAUUUGAAAAUGAAUCUGUAUUAUUUAUUUGACAAAUUAACCUUUCCUACGUUGUGAUACUAUGUUGCUAAAUAAAGAAAAAAGUUGAAGAAAA